CUUCCGGGUCACUUCCGUGUUAUCCAGUCGUCACGUUUCAAGUACAAUUUUUGUAAAGCAAAUUGUAGAAAAUAUGUGAAACGUUGGUCACGAGUGUCGUAAAACUAUGAAGAUUGUCAGUUGGAACAUUAAUGGCAUAAGAACGUUCAAGGGCGGAAUUAAAAAUGCGCUUGAGUCGCUGGAUGCUGACAUUGUAUGUGUCCAAGAGACAAAAGUAACAAGAGACCUGCUGGAUGAGAGGACUGCUAUUGUUGAAGGUUAUAACUCAUAUUUCAGCUUUAGUCGUGGACGCAGUGGCUACUCAGGAGUUGCUACUUACUGCAAAGACAGUGCCACCCCAUUUGCUGCAGAAGAGGGCUUGACCGGUCUGCUGACCACCAACCACGAGGGGACCAUUGGAUGCUAUGGUGACUCGAGUGAGUUCUCCAGUGAGGAGCUGCAGCUCCUGGACAACGAGGGAAGGGCUGUUCUCACACAGCACAGAGUCAUGUGUGAAGACACACCUGAAACAGUUACGGUUAUCAAUGUAUACUGCCCACGAGCUGACCCAGAAAAGCCUGAACGUAAACAUUUCAAACUGCAGUUCUACAAGCUGCUUCAAUAUCGGGCUGAAGCAAUUUUAGAAGCUGGGAGCCGUGUAAUCAUCUUGGGAGAUGUGAAUACAUCCCACCGGCCCAUAGAUCACUGUGACCCAGAUUACAUAGAGGAUUUUGAGGAUCACCCCGGGAGGAAAUGGCUAAACGGUUUACUGGUUGAUGACAGUGAAGGAAAUGAGUAUGAAAAAAACAAUGAGGAGUCUGAGAAUACCUCAUCAAAACCCCUCCGCAGCGGCAAGUUUGUGGACACCUUCCGCCAUUUUCACCCAACACGCUCCAAGGCCUUCACCUGUUGGAACACUAUGACUGGAGCCAGGCAGACCAACUAUGGCACACGUAUCGACUACAUCUUCGCAGACCAUCCCUUGGUUAAAAGGGGGUUUGUGGCAGCAGACAUCAUGCCAGAGGUGGAGGGGUCUGAUCACUGCCCUGUCUGGGGGAAACUGUGCUGCCCCCUCCUGUCCAGCGCCAAGCUGCCUCCCCUCUGUACCCGCAACCUACCAGAGUUCGCUGGCAGGCAGCAGAAACUCUCACGCUUCCUUGUCAAGAUGGACCAACAACAACCUGCCAGAGAGGCUUGCAGGGACCCACUACCAGGAUCUCAGGAGACUGGGGAGACCCGAGAGAACCUGAAUCCACUGGGAUCAGCAGGGACCACCUCCACUGGAAUGAAACGGAAGUUGGCAGUGGAAUCCUGUGUACCAAAGAGCAAAAAGAUUAUGACACUGAAGGCUGCUACCCCAAAGCCCCAGGGCAACCUCCUAGCCUUUUUCAAGCCCAAAUCCAUACCUGUGGCCCCAACCAGGGAAGACCCUGUGAGUCAGUGUGAGAGGGGAGAAGAGAGAAAUGAAAUGACCGCAUCACAACCACAUACCUUCAAGGGAGGACAUUCUGCAGGACAAGAUGUUCCAUCAAUUCCAGGCACGCCGUGCACAGAAUAUCCCCAGGGUGUCUGUAUGGGAGACAAAGUCCAUGUACCGGGCAGCAACAUGCAGGAUGCCAGUGUCAAUAGUCAAAACCAGGAGAAGGAUGCAGCCCUGGCUACUGUAGACCCCCCAUGUCCCAGGAAGGGGGCUUCACUGGGUGGGUUCUGGAAGACGGUCCUGCGUGGGCCACCUCCACCGCCCCCCUGUAAGGCUCAUGGGGAACCCUGUGUACUCCGCACAGUCAAGAAGGCAGGUCCAAACAUGGGCAAGCAGUUCUUUGUGUGUAACCGCCCUCAGGGCCAUGCAUCCAAUCCCGAGGCUCGCUGUAACUACUUUUCUUGGGUGGAUAAAGGAAAAUAGUGACUAUGCCGUAGAAACGCACUGACAUUUCCUCCAUGUAGUGUUUUUAUAAGCAUUGUUAAUCUGUUUGAUAUAUUAGUCAAAUAAAGACAGUUUUAUAAAUGUA